AUGGCUACAUCAGUCCACAGAAAUGGAAGCCUCUCAGCAGUAUCCUCACAAGGGUUUGUGCUGGUGGGGUUUGGGGGAGGCACAGAGACCCAGGCCCUGCUCUUUGCUGUCUUCCUGGCCCUGUAUGUGGUGUCUGUCCUGGGAAACCUCACCAUGAUUGUGGUCAUCACCCUCGAUGCCCGCCUGCACUCCCCCAUGUACUUCUUCCUCAAGAACCUGUCCUUUGUCGACCUCUGCUACUCCUCUGUCAUCGCCCCCCAAGCCAUGGCCAACUUUUAUUCUUCCAAAGCCAUUGAUGUUGCUGGUUGUGCUGCGCAGUUGUUUUUCUUCUCCUUUCUGGGAACUAGUGAAGCUUUACUUCUGGCCGUGAUGGCCUAUGACCGUUUCAUGGCCAUCUGUAGUCCCCUGAGGUAUCCUGUGACCAUGUCCCCCACCAUCUGUGCUUGCCUUGUGCUGGCUGCCUACUGUGGGGGUUGCCUUAACUCCAUUGUGGAGACCAGCCUCACCUUUCAGCUUCCCUUCUGUAGCUCCAAGCGCAUUGACCAUUUCUUCUGUGAUGUGCCCCCACUGCUGCAGCUUGCCUGCACCAACACCUCUGUCAAUGAGUUGGUGAUGUUUGUCAUAUGUGGUUUCAUUCUAAUGGGGGCAACACUGGUCAUCUUGAUUUCCUAUGGCUACAUCGCCAUGACCAUCUUCAGCAUGCGCUCAGGAACCGGGCGACACAAGGUCUUCUCCACUUGUGGCUCCCACUUGACAGCCGUGUCCUUGUUUUAUGGAACUGGCAUUGCUAUCUAUGGCCAGCCAGGUGGUUUGGCAUCAAAAGAGCAGGGGAAGGUGGUCUCCAUCUUCUACACCCUGGUCAUCCCCAUGCUCAACCCCCUCAUCUACAGUCUGCGCAACAAGGAUGUGAAGGACGCGCUGCAGAGGCUGGGACAGAGACGUGCAUCCAUGUGA